UUUGAUGAGGGACGGACAGACUUCCCCGUGGACCCAGUGCAGGGGCUGGAUGCGGCUGAGCUCACCCGGCUGCUCCGCGUCCACAGCCUGGAGCUGGUGAUGGAGUUCACCAACGAGACCUCUGACCAGAUCUUCAGUGCCAAGAUCCCCCACCACAUGCUGCUCUUCCUCAACAAGUCAUCCUCGGCACAGCUGAUGCUGCAGGAUGGCUUCCGGGCGGCCUGUCACCCAUCCCCUGCCCAGGUGCUAUUCGUGGUGGUGGAUGUGGCUGGGUACGGCGCCGACGUCUUGCCCUUCUUCGGCCUGACGCCUGCCGAAGCCCCCACCCUGCGCCUCGUCAAGAUGGAGAACAACCGCAAGUACCGGAUGGACCAGGACACCUUCUCAGACACAGCCGUACGGGCCUUUGUCCAGGCAGUGCUGGAUGGCAAGGUGAAGCCCCACCUCCUGAGCGCGGAGCCCCCUGAGGACUGGGACACGCGGCCUGUUAAGGUCCUGGUGGGGAAGACCUUCGACCAGGUGGCAUUUGAUGAGACCAAAAAUGUCUUUGUCAAGUUCUAUGCACCGUGGUGCUCCCACUGCCAGGCGAUGGCAGCCGCCUGGGAGGAGCUGGGCGAGCGCUACAAGGACCACGAGGACAUCGUCAUCGCUGAGCUGGACGCCACGGCCAACGAGCUGGAGAACAUCACCAUCAACGGCUUCCCCACCCUGCACUACUUCCCUGCGGGGCCGGGCAAGAAGAUGGUUGAGUACAAGAGCGCCCGAGAUGUGGAGACCUUCUCCAAGUUCCUGGAGAACGGAGGGACGCUGCCCCAGGAGCCUCCUGAG